AUGAGACACUUCAUAUUGACUCUCCUCGCCUUGGCCUCCGCCUCGGCUUUGGCUCAAGAUCCCGGCCCAUCACCUACAGCCUCUGUUGGCUGCGAGCCACAUGGCGACCACUGGUAUGACACGAACCAAACAUCCAACUCAGUCAAGCUCACAGUAUACAGGCACUGUGAUGGUCCAGCAACCGGAACCGCUACCGCCACCAGCGAGCAAUCCCUCGCCCCAAGCCCCACCGAGUCUGUUGGCUGCAAACCCCACGGCGACCACUGGCACUGCGACGGGCCCGCCUCCACCGCGGCCGUGACAACGACACAUUCCCACGACCACGAGGAGGAGGACAGCACUGCGACGCCGACAGUUCCCAGUCCCACGGAGUCGGUUGGAUGUGAGCCGCACAACGACCAUUGGCACUGCGAUGGGCCACGGGAGACGGGUAGUGCUUCAGCUUCUGGGGGCGCGAGUGAGACGUCCACUUCGACUUUGGUCUCAACUACUUCAUCUGCCAGUCCGACGUCGUCUGCCACAUCGUCUGCGGCUGGGGCGCAGCAGUCGGAAGGCGGAGCUGGUUCUUUGAGCGUGGAGUUGACUGUGGCCGUUGGGUUGGCUGUUGCUGCUGCGGCGUUUCAUGUUUGA